AUGACCUAUUGGACUGAUAUAAACACAAGCACGACAAGUGAGGGAGGGACGACUGGCAAGCUCAAGUACGAAGCCGUGGAGGGUCGCACCGCGGCUACGUACGUGUACGCAACGUAUCCGCUCAAGUUCCUGCACCCGCGACGAACGAUCCACCAGAAUUUCGACACGUACAUCACCUACAUUCUGGGAUACGGUGGAGGUCUGGUUGGUGGUGAUUCCAUUGUCAUCGAAUGCGAACUAGGCCCCGAUACAACAGUCGUGCUGGGCACGCAGGCGACCACAAAAGUAUUCAAGUCAGAGGAUGAGGGUCAAUCUGUGUCGCAGAUGUUCUCGGUCAAAGUGGCGAAUAACGCUACAAUGGCGUUUCUUCCUGACCCUGUGACUUGCUUUGAGCACGCCAAAUAUCGACAAAAGCAAGUGUUUCAUCUUGAGAUAGAUGCAAAUUUGGUGUUUGUUGACUGGUUAACAAGCGGUCGAAAACGAAACUACUUGACCACAGGCUCAAUUCGUGAUAAUCGUAUGGAGACACUUGAACACUGGGACUUUAACGAGUAUGACACCAUGUCGGAGGUUUUUGUCGGUAAGGAACGACUCCUGACAGAUCGUGUUCGUCUGAUCGACGAAGAAGGUACAAGUCUUCGUCAGCGCAUGCACGGCAUGCACGUGCUGGGAUUAAUGGUAGUCGUUGGAUCCAAGUUAAAGGUCAUUAUGGAUGAACUGCUCGAGCUUAGCACCCGCAAGAAACUCCAUCAUUCACGGGACAUCACGCCUCAAGGUCGUCUUGCGGCGGCGAAUACAUUUCCAGGAGUUAUAGCAUCAGCAAGUUCGAUGGGUCCAAACGCAGUGAUUGUGCGGUUCUGUGGGCAGGAUUCCGAGUCAGCCAUAAAUUACGUCCAGGCCAUGCUGAAGCCACUAAGAGAGAUGAUUGGUUUUACACCUUAUCAAGAAAGUCGGUAA